UCCGUGGAACACCGGGCAAUAGUUUCACACUUAAUCCUCUUAGUACGCCCCUGCCAAUGUAUGUAUGGAAAGUGAUCUUUGCAACAGGGCAGGAUUGAUAACUACUACUUUCCACAGGCAUCUGAGUAAAAAAAAUAAAUUGGCACCUCAGUUUGGCGGGAUUUCGUCAAUUGUGGGUUUAAAAGAUUGAAAUGGAAGGAGAUGACAAGACGGCAGUUUCAACCCGCCAAAGAAUGGUCGCGUCCCGCAACAACAAGCAAGGGAACGAGCCGGCGACGGACAACGGACGAGUCUAUUUGAAGAAAGAGGUUGGGCUGGUAAAGGGUGUGGCGAUUAUCAUGGGGUUCAUCAUCGGGUCCGGCAUUUUCAUGGCACCGCAGGGGAUCCUGCGAGGGACGUACAGCGUAGGCAUGAGUCUGGUCGUGUGGGUGAUAUGUGGAAUCAUGUCUUCAGUAUCUGCACUGUGCUACGCUGAGCUUGGCUCAACCAUCCACAAAUCCGGGGGGACCUACACCUAUAUUCUGCAGGCCUACGGCGACCUGCCCGGGUUCCUCGUCUCCUGGGCCAACGUUCUUGUCAUCAACCCGUCCGGGUCAGCUCUGAACGCGCUGACUUUUGGCACCUACGUCAGCGAGUACGUCACGCCUGGAGAAUGUUUGCCACUAUCGGUGGUUACCAAGCUGUUCAGCAUUCUCGCAAUGAUGCUUUGUGUCUUCAUCAACUGCAUGAGCGUGCGGCAUUCAGCCUCCGCUCAAGUCGCCUUUACGACCUCCAAGGUUCUCAUUCUGGUCAUCAUCAUCGGCUGUGGGAUUGUCAAGAUGAUCCAAGGUGAGACUAGGCACCUGGAUCCCACCGUGUCCUUCGAGGGAACAUCGGCUGAUGUGUUCGGGUACGGCACCGCUCUGUAUCAGGGACUGUGGGCUUUUGCUGGCUGGGAUGUUCUCAAUUUGCUGACUGAAGAAGUGAAAAACUCCAAAAGAAACAUCCCUCUGGCUAUAUGCAUCUCUAUGACGUCCGUAUUGGUCAUCUAUCUCUUCACCAACAUCGCGUACUUCACACUGCUCUCCGCGGAUGAGGUCCUUGCUUCGAACGCCGUGGCCGUUACGUUUGCUGAACGUGUUCUGGGGCCUAUGGCAUGGAUCGUUCCGCUCGGCGUUUGUAUUUCAACUUUUGGCAAUCUUCUAAGUGGACUUCUAGCUAUGCCAAGAAAUGCCUAUGUUGCUGGAAGAGAGGGCCACAUGGUAAAAGCACUAUCGAUGGUCAGUGUGACUCGACAUACACCGCUACCAUCCAUAGUCUUCCAGGGCACCAUUGCAACCAUCAUGGUCAGCAUCGGCGACUUCAACAGUGUGUUGAACUAUUUCAGUUUCGCGGCCUGGCUGUUCUUCGGCUUCGGUUUCCUGGCCAUUCCGGUUCUUCGGUAUCGAUUCCCAGACCACCAUCGUCCAUUCAAGGUGCCAAUAGUGCUCCCCAUAGCAGCAGCAAUCUUCUGUCUCUUCAUGGUCCUGGCACCGAUUAUCAGUGAGCCGACGCUGGCCUAUCUCUAUCUGGUCGCUAUCCUGAUGGGAAUCGGCGUCAUUUUCUACGUUUUGUUCGUCUGGAAAAAGUAUCGCCCAGGCUUUAUGGAUGCCGUCUCGAUGUUCAUCCAGAAGAUGUUUCUGGUUGCUCCAUCGUCAUACCUCGAGCCAGAUGAGAAUUAGGGAGACUAUGGCGUCACUCAAGGGGGUAGAAAGCAUCGUACUGAAAGUAAAUUAAAUUUCGCCU